AUGAGUGAGAGGCGCAGUCUGCUGAGAGCUGCGGUGAAUGAGCGGCUGGCUGCGGCUGCAGAAGAGAUCUUUGUGCUUCUGGAGAGAACUAUAGCGGAGUAUGAGGAGGAAGUGUGUCGCUCCAAAGAGCAGAACCAGAGGAACCAGCAGCUGCUGGAGGCUCUGCUGACUCGGGGCUCAGACUCGUUCUGUCCUGAUCCCAGCCUGAAGCAGGAAACUCCACAGACUAUAGAGGAACCGUCAGAACAGGAGGAAGAGGAGGCAGAGGAGAGGCUGAAACAGGAGGAAGAGGAGGCAGAGGAGAGGCUGAAACAGGAGGAAGAGAAGCUCCCAGACUUCACUGCUGUGUGUGUGAAGAGUGAAGAGCAGUCCUCACUGAUUGAAGAAGACAGAGAGGAAGCACAGGGACAGCUCUGUGGAGGAGCAGACAUCAGCUCACAGACACAUUUACACUCAGAGACAGAAGAACAGAGACACCACUCUUACACUGACCAUGAUGAAGACCCUGAUGAAGACCAUGAUGAAGACUAUGAUGAAGACCAUGAUGAAGACUGGGUACAUCCAGGCAGCAGUUCUACUGCACAGAUGCAGACAGAGGCUGAGGGAGACCUCUACAACCAAGUCCACACACAGGGACUGUCAGGGACCGGACCCAGAGACCUGCUGUCAGGGACCGGACCCAGAGACCUGCUGUCAGGGACCGGACCCAGAGACCUGCUGUCAGGGACCGGACCCAGAGACCUGCUACAGCGUUCUCCUCUGCCUCUGACUCACACCUGGAGGACCGCCCUGCACACCCCAGGUUGA